GGUGCGCACGAGACAAACCUUAGCAUCGACAGGGGCAGCACCGCUACUGCUUUGAUGGACCUGUGGAGGCCCUCGACGUCAGCGAUGAGCGAGAGCAGCUUGCGCCCCCGGUGAGCAGGCACAUCCCAUCGGGAUUGUCCGCGGCCAUGAUCGAUAUCACACCGCACGCGAAGCCCAGAAGCACGAACAGACGCGAGGUCACGAGCGGGCGAGGCUUGCUGGAAGGGUGGCCAUGAGGACCUCGCGGGGCAGUAGCUGGCCAUGGUUGCGGUCCGCGGCAACAUCGGUGGGGAGAAGCUAGGGGCGUUCAGAGCACGGUUGGCAGCCGCAGGUGGUAAAAUUGAUGAUGGUGUGGAAGCGGAGGAGGCCGAGGGAUAGGUGUAAGCGAUGGCGCAGCGGAGGAAGCCGAGGGUGGCCCCCUCCUGAGUCCUCUUGAGCUAAAUCUGAGUCAAUUCAUUUCUUUCCUUGAGAAAAUUCCUUGAGAAAAAGAGAGGAAUCUGCUUGCAACCCUUGGAUUGGAGGUGGACGUCGCCCGCCAGUCACGCCGUGACUUGCUGAAGGAACGUUACUGAAUCCUUCUCCCCAGUUCCCCGUCCGAGCUCCGUUGCUGCUCCCCUGAUUCGUGCUCGUCCAGCACCGGUGGGCAGUGGUAGACGGCCUGUGACGAGUCACGCUACUGGCGGACAGCCCCCGGAACCAGUCCACGCGACGCCACCCUUCAGCAGCGCCUCCCUUCCCUCGCCGGCGCUGAUGGCGCCACCGUCUCCACCUCCCGGGACGGUCCUCUUCAUGCACCUCGCCAUCCUCUUCCUCCUUGCCGCCGCGGCGGCGGCAUCGGCGGCGGCGCUUGAGGAGGAGUUCACGGAGGAGCUGCUCCUGCGGCCGCUCCCCGACCGCAAGGCGCUGGCCCACUUCUACUUCCGCUCCUCUGCGCCCCCAGCUGCCUCCGUCGGCCGGCACCACCACCUCUUCCCCAAGGCCAUCUCCCAGCUGGUCAAAAAAUAUCAUAUUAGUGAGUUGGAGCUAUCUUUCACCCAGGGAAGAUGGAACUAUGAGCAGUGGGGUGGAUUUGAUCCUAUGUCAACAAGUAAUGCAAAGCCUCCUGGUGUUGAGCUGUGGGCGGUUUUUGAUCUUCCUUUGUCAGAGAUUGACGCAACAUGGAAGAACCUGACCCAUACACUAUCUGGUCUGUUUUGUGCAUCCAUCAACUUUUUAGAGUCUUCCACUUCAUUUUCUGCUCCUCGUUGGGGAUUUAAAUCAAAUGAAGGCAAUUUGCGAUAUGGUGCAUUGCCUCGUGAAGCAGUAUGCACUGAGAAUCUGACACCUUGGCUGAAACUUCUUCCAUGUCGUGACAAAGCUGGGAUAGCUUCUUUGUUGUAUAGACCUUCAAUUUACAAAGGAUAUUACCAUUCCCAGAAACUGAAACUAAGGUCAUCCCAGUCACUUGGUAUUAUUCUUGAUCAAACACUGACUGUUGUACUGCAACCAAAUACUAUUAACGGUAAACAGCUACAUUCUAGUCACAGACAACUUCAGCCCAGCUGGUCCAUGAGACAUCUUUUCAACAGAAAGUUGUCAGGGAAAUGCCUUGUUUCUAAAUCCAGCAGAAUAUUCAUAGAGGUUGAUAAAGGUAUUGUUGACAAAAUUAACAAAUCUGGAAGUGAUCUUUCUUGGAAUAAUGAAUUCUUUGUAUUGUCCAAUGGCCCGGAUAGGUUGACCAAAGACCUAAAUAACUUGGAAGUUCAAUCUUCUUCUAUAUAUGAGUAUGAUGUUAGUAACUGCAGUGAGGAAAAGCCUUUUGAUGUGGGCAUAACUUGGAAGCUUCCCCUGAUAUGGUCUUGCACCCCCUCACCUUUUCAUGUAAGCAGAUUUCUUAUGGGUAGUGGAAAUGAAAGAGGGUCAAUUGCUCUGUCCUUUACAUCCACUAAUCUUCAUAAGAAGAUAUUUGGCAGCCCAAAUGAUUGUUCAAUAAAGGCAAUUAUUUUCCAGAUUGUUCCAUGGUAUGUUAAGGUCUAUUAUCACAGCCUAGAAAUAUUUAUAGAUGGGAACAGGAAGGCUGUAUCAGAUGUAGUUGACAAGAUUCAUGUCACUCCUUCAGAAGACAAGCUUUUGCCUGGUACACUGGAGAUGCUACUAAGGUUCCCUUGCAGUAUGCGGUCGGCUACUCUGGCAUUGGAUUUUGACAAGGGAUUCCUGCAUAUAGAUGAAUAUCCUCCUGAUGCUAAUCAAGGAUUUGAUAUUCCAUCAGCUCUGAUUAGCUUUCCUGAGUUCAACUCCGCUAGAAAUUUCCCUGAAACUGAUCCAUUACUUGGAUCUCCUUUACUAGAAAAUUUCCAGGAAGAUACUGUUGUGAAGUCAUAUACGGAAGUAUUGCUCGUUCCCCUGACAACUCCUGAUUUCAGCAUGCCAUACAAUGUUAUCACCUUCACCUGCACUGUUUUAGCUCUUUAUUUUGGUUCAUUAUUGAAUGCUUUGAGACGAAGGAUCAGUGAGGAAGAGAGGGAGUUGAAGAAAACAGCCACAAGGCAUGGCCUCCUUCCUCUGUUGCUAGCUAAGCUAAGGGGGCAGAAGGUUGAUCCGACGGAGUCAGGGUCUUCAUCUGAAUCGACUGGAUCAAAGAAGCUGUUAUUCAAGGUUGUGUUUGUUGCCGCAGCUGCAGUUCUGUUUCACUAUUUCUCAAACAGUUGAGAGUUAACAUUGUUAUCAAGAAAUCGGCUAGUUUGGACUGUGGAGCCACAGCGGUAGAAUGUACCAUCUGUAGUAUAUGUAUUGCCUGCCUGUAAAUUUGGCUGCAUCCAGGCAUUGUUUUGCCACCCUAGAUUCUUGAAAGCAGCAGGUCGAUUUUUUCCAGGGACCCAAUACACAUUUCUGAAGUUGAUGUAACCACAUUUUUUGCCGCUUUGUUUUGUGGCAUUGUGCAUUUGUAUGUAACAGCUCACAUGAAUCUUCCAUGAACUGCGCCAGUGCUGAUCUUGGAUUCAACCUUAAAGGCACCGACCUGUUUGUU